GGGUUUGGCCGUUGCAGUUUGCGAUUGUUGUUGUUGGAAGGCGGUGGAUGUGAGGGUGCCCGCGGAAAGUGAGUUUUAUGGCCAUUGCGUUGAAGAAUAAGUGAAAAGCUGAUAAUAUACACGACCUUUGAAGUGAUCAGUGGCAGAAUCCACUCAGCGUCAGUGUAUCUUUCCACUGAGGUGAUUGGAUAGUGCUAUAGUUUCUGGAUGUGCGCCAGUAUGAGGAGCAGCCUAAUUGCAACUCCACUGAGCAAUUAGCGAGAAAGCGGCAUAGUUAUCUUAUAAGCGUCGGUAGCGGCGGGCCGCCGCCGGCAGCUGGAGGCGCGCCAUGGACGGCCUGCGAGCCAUGGACGUGCUGCCCCUACUGCGGGACCGGGUGGCGCUGCUGACGGGCGCGCGGGACCCGCGCGGCGGGCCCAUCCUCACCUUCCCGGCCAGCGCGCGCCGAGACCGCACCGGCCACGAGGACCUCAUCCAGCUGAUGCAGUACAUGUACCAGAUACCCAGCGAUGAGUCGCGCGACCUCGGCUUCACUGUGGUGAUCGACAUGCGCAACUCGACCUGGGAGAAGAUCAAGCCGAUCCUGAAGGUGUUGCGCGACCACUUCCCCGGCCACGUGUACACGGCCUACAUCCUGAAGCCGGACAAGUUCUGGCAGAAACAGCGCACCAGCAUCGGGAGCUCCAAGUGCAAAUUCGAGACGAACCUGGUCGGCCUGGACGGCCUGCACAAGGCCAUCGACCCCGGCCAACUGACCUCUGACCUCGGCGGCUCGUAUCCGUACGACCACUCCACCUGGGUGGAACUGAGGAGGUCGGUGGAGGACUUUCUGUGGCAGACCACCGAGGUACUGGACCGGAUGGACGAUCUCCGGGAGGAGCUCAGUCACGAGUCCGGCCCGGCCGCCGCGCCCGGGGACGUGGCCGCAGCCCGACGGGCCAUCGACCGGCACACAGAACUCCGGAAUAAGGUGUUCAAAAACCCCGCACACGAGAUGGACAAACUCGGCCAGCGCUUACUACAGAGGCUGGGCGGUGACGGUGACAGCGGCUGUGACUCGGGCUACGCCGGAGCCAGUCGCGACAGCACGUCCAGCAUGAUACUGGCCAACCCCGACCUGCAGUCCUGCAUACCGCAGAUCCUGCACACGCUGGAGACGAUGCAGAUCACCCAGCGGCACCUGCAGCAGCUCUGGCAGUACAAGAAGAACGAGCUCGACCAGGGACUCCAGCUGAAAAUAUUCGAAAAGGAUGUCGAAGAGGUGAUGAAGAUAGUGCGUCUGCGCCGGGACCAGUUUCUACAGAACUACGUGGACGUGGGCCGAUCGUACCGAGAGAGUAAACAGCUACAGGAGCACCACUCGCACACAACACUCGCGUCCAUGAACGUGUACGUAGAUAUGAAUCACAUCCUAUCGGAGGCUACCAAGUUGAUAGACAACGGCCACUACGCCUCCCAGCACAUACAGCAGGUGGCGGCACGGAUGGAGCGCAGUUGGAAGGAUCUGGCGGCGGGUCUGGAUGAGCGCACCACCGUACUAGCACUUGCCGUGGUCUACCAUCAGAAGGCAGAACAGUACGUGGAGAAGGUGCCCGGCUGGCUGCAGAGCUGUCAGGACCAGGAGGUACCCACGGCUGUUGACCAGGUGGAGGCGGCCAUCCACCGGCACCUGGCGCUCCGAGAGACAUUCUGCCAGGGCUACACAGAGGUCCACAGCACCAGCAAGAAGCUGCUGUACCAGCUGGACCACAUGGUACAGCUCUGUUCGCACCUGAGGUCAAACAGCGGCGGUGGGCCGGCCAGUACGCCGGCCGCUGACUACUCCGGAGGCGCCUCUCAUGUGCUAAGGGUCAUCCGUGAGAUUCUGAACCACCACGGGGCUGUGGACCAGCAAUGGAAACAAAGGAAGAUCCGGCUUCACCAGCAGCUGGCUCUCAAACUCUUCCAAGAAGAUGUGAAACAGGUCCUGGACUGGCUGGACACUCACGGCGACAUGUUUCUGCGGAAGAACACCAGUCUCGGCAGGAACCUGGAGCGGGCGGCCGCCUACCGGCGCAGCCACGAGCACUUUGUCAGCGUGGCGCAGAACACGUACACAAACGCCGAGAAGCUGCUCACCGCUGCCGACGAACUGGCCAGGACGGGCGAGUGUAAUGCCGAGGAGGUUUACCGCGUGGCUGCCGAGCUGGACGAACGAAUCGCAGCGUUUGUCGAGCGUGUGGAGAAGCGACGUAGGCUCCUAGAGCUGACCGUUACUUUCUACACCCACUUUCAAGAGCUCACUGCCUGGUACGAGGAGGUGCGGAAUUCCAUCUCGAGUGGGGAGGUCGGUGAGAGCGUGCAGGGCUGCCAGCACCUGCUGGAGGAGCUGGCACAGCGCCGAGAAGCGUUCAUCGAGGCCACUAACAGCACCAUCGCAGAGGGCGAGGCGCUCAUCUCAGAUCUCAAACUACAAGGCAUCACGAGUGAGAGUGACCCGACCGGUUCGUACGCGGGCAUCGAGUCAGGUCUCUCGGAGCUGACCCAGCGGCGGGACGGCAUGGCCGAACUGUGGGGCACGCGCAAACUGCGGCUCGACCUCUCCAUGCGGCUCAGGAUGUUUGAGCGAAAUGUCAUGGAGGUGUCUGUUCAGAUGGAGCAGUGGGCCGAGGAGUACCAGCGGCUGGACGUGCCGCGCGACAUGGCCACCGCCGAGCUGAUGCUCAGCAAACACAACGACAUGGUGCAGCACGUGCUGGACACCAUGUUCCAGCUAGUCCAGGAGGGACAGCAGACCAGCCAGCUUCUGGACCAGUCCAGCAUCCAGUUCAUGACGGACACAUCAACAACGGCCUCUGAGCGGUGCGCCAUGCUGCUGGCGUACGUCAACGACCGGCAGUCUGAGCUGGAUCAGCUGGCUGAGCGGCGCCGGCUGCGGCUCGAACAGCGCGUCCAGCUGGGGCAGCUCGAGGCUGAGGCGAACCAGGUGAUGACGUGGAUCCGUAACGGCGAGUCGAUGCUGGCGGCCAGUUUCAGCGUGCCGUCCUCACUGCAGGAGGCCGAACAGUUCAAACUGGACCACGAGCAGCUGCAGCGAGCUGUGGAGCGAACGCACACCUCAGCCGUACAGGCGUGGCAGCGUGCCGAGAGCCUCAUCAACACCAACCACUACCAACCGGACGCCAUCCGGACGAUCGCCGAGAACAUCACCAAGCGUUGGCAGCAGCUGGUGACGUGUGCCGAGGACAGGCACAAACUCGUCACCAGCAGCCUCAGCUUCUUCAAGACGGCAGCUGAGGUGUCAGUUGUCUUGGAGGGUCUGGAGAGGGAGUACCGUCGUGACGAGGACUGGUGUUCCACCGAGAAGACUGGCAACGCGGCCGAUAACGCCGUGCUGAUCGCUUCGCUCAUACAGAAACACCAGGACCAAAAGGUGGUCUUUCUGAAAGCAUGUACUCACGCGCGCCGCACCGGAGGCUCUGUCCUCAAGUACGCCACGCGCAGCAUCCAGUACUACAACCAGAAACUGAAGCCCGGCGUCCGCGGCUCCGAGGAGAAGGUUAAAGAGGUGCUGGACAACCUGCUUCGCCUGGAGAACCGCGUCAUGGACUACUGGAACGUGAAGAAGCGCCGACUGGACUGGUGUCAGCAGUAUGUGGUGGUGGAGCGAUCGGCGCAGCAGGCACUAGACUGGAUCAAGGAGACCGGCGACCAGUACCUGGCCACCCACACAGCCGUCGGCGACAGUCGAGAGGAGACGGAGAAACUGCUCCACGAGCACAACGAGUUCAAAACGACCGCCAAGGAGACCCGUGAGCGGGUCAAGCUGCUGAUCCAGCUGGCCGACAAUCUGAUGGAGAAGGGGCACGCACACGCGGCCCAGAUUAAAAAAUGGGUGGCCACUGUCGACAUGGCAUACAAGGACUUCUCACAUCGCAUGGAUAUGUACAGGCGGCAGCUGGAGGUUCAGCUGGGUCACCAGGCGUCCGGUGAGCGGCGCCAGAAGCCAGAACCCGGUCAGGAGGCGGACGAACCGGAGCCAGAGCCGGAGCCGGAGCCGCGGGAUCGGCUCUCCGACCCUAGUCUGGAGAGCAGGGUCAACGACCUGCAGCUGAAGGAAGCUGAGGGCAAACUGGAUGAGGAGAAACGACGCUCGGCGCGGCGCAGAGAGUUCAUCAUGACAGAGCUGCUGAACACCGAGCGGGCGUACGUCAAGGACCUGGAGAUCUGCGUGGCCACCUUCCUGCACGAGUCACGCACCAGCCGCGCCGUACCCAUCGGAAUCCGGGACAAGUCUGACAUCCUGUUCAGUAACAUGGAGGAGAUCCUCGACUUCCACCGCAAUACGUUCCUGCAGCAGCUGGAAAAGUACACCAGCAACCCGGAGGACGUCGGACACUGCUUCGUCACAUGGUCGCAAAAGUUCGACAUGUACGUCCAGUACUGUCGCGACAAACCGGACAGCAACGCGCUGCUGGUACAGCAUGGUGGAACGUUCUUCGAAGACGUGCAGCGUCACCAUCGAGUGGAGCACCCGAUCGCCGCCUAUCUCAUCAAGCCGGUGCAGCGCAUCACCAAGUACCAGCUGCUGCUCAAGGACCUGCUCUCCUGCUGUGACGGCCACGGCGAGAUCAAGGACGGUCUGGAGGUGAUGCUGAACGUGCCGAAGAAGGCCAACGACGCCAUCCACCUGUCGAUGCUGACCGACUGUGACGUGGAUGUCGACACGCUGGGAGAGGUGAUUCUACAAGACUCGUUCCUCGUGUGGGACAGCAAAGGUCUGAUCAGGAAGGGCCGCGACCGCCACCUCUUUCUCUUUGACUUCUACCUGCUCUUCAGCAAGGAGAUCAAGGACAACGGGAAGUCAAAGUACAUCUACAAACAUAAACUGAUGACGUCCGACAUUGGUGUCACGGAGCAUGUGGAGGGCGACGAGUGCAAGUUUGCCGUCUGGACUGGACGGCCGCCACUCAACGACAUGAAAAUUCUACUCAAGGCCAGCAGUCUAGAGGUGAAGCAGCAGUGGGUGAAGCGACUCCGGGAGCUGAUCCAGGAGACGUGCUUCCGCUCCUCGCUGCCACUACAGAUCCCACCGUCACCGUCCAAGAAGGCGAACAAGGCCAGCAGGGAGUUGGACGACCUACAACUGGAGGCCGACCACGAGCUGGGCUCCCUGCAGUCGUUCGGUUCAGCCAGCGGUCACUCGGAUUCAGACAAGGAGCUGACCUGGGUGGUGUCCGACUACUCGGCCCAGGCGGCCGGCGAGCUGACCGUCAGCCGCGGACAGCAGGUGGAGCUGCUGGACGCCGGAGCGCCCGGCUCCGACCUCUGUCAGAUCCGUCUCCCCCAGACAGAGAUGACUGGACUGGUACCGGCGGCCGUACUGCAGGCGCGACCCCGGUCACAGGAGCUGCACCCAUCAGAUACUGCCGGUGACAGUCAAGCCUCGUCGCCAGUCAACAAGCGGAAGGGCCUAUCGGGGCGUAAAUGGCUGCCGACGCCGCUGCGGAAGCUGUCGCACAACAAGCUGACGGCGACGCCCUCCCUGAGUGCCGGCGAGCUACCGCCCGUGGCCGGUCGGCCGCUGCCGCCCAAGCCGCCGCUUAAGAAGACCAACUCGGAGAGAAAGGUCCAGGCGGGAGUGGACGGCUCGAUGGGUAACCGGGUGUCGGGCGGCAGCGCCACCAGCUCAGACGAGCCGGGAGCCGCCGCCGCCGCCGCCGCUGCUGACGACCAGGACGAGCCCGAGCUGCCGCCGCCGAUGCGCGUGCUGGAGGACCCGGCGGCCGUGGCCGGACCGGCUGCCACCGUCACAGACGGCGCCGCACACGGGCCGGAGCUGGCCGCCGGCAGCUCUGCCGAGCACGCCGCCACAGAGCUGGAGCAGCUGGUCAAACAGCGCCUGGAGGGUCACACGGAGGGUGACGGUCCUCCGGGGCGGGCCGAGCCGCCCGACCCGGCGCCGGACGGCGCGCAGGGCGGCUCCUCAGAGGACGAGGACGAGGAAACCUCGCGGCAGCAGAAGGCGCUCAAAAAGAGGAGUUUCGUCAUCCAGGAGCUGGUCGAUACGGAGCGGGAAUACAUCCGCUCGCUGGGCCAGAUCGUGGACGGCUACCUGCGGCUGAUGCGCGAUGAAAACUGUCCCGUCCCCCUGCCGGAGGAUCUCUGCUCUGAUAAGGACCGGCUCAUGGGCAAAGACAAAAUCAUCUUCGGCAACAUCGAGGCCAUCUAUGAGUGGCAUCGAGAUUCGUUCCUGAAGGCGCUCGAGCGGUGUAUAGACAACCCUGCUGAGCUAGGCCCUCUGUUCAAGCGGUACGAACGCAAGCUGCACAUGUAUGUCGUCUACUGCGAGAACAAACCCAAGUCUGAGUACAUCGUAUCGGAGCAUAUCGACACGUAUUUCGAGGAGCUCCGGAAACUGUUGAAUCACAAACACCAGCUGACGGACCUGCUGAUCCAGCCGAUCCAGAGGAUCAUGCGGUAUCAGCUGCUUCUGAAUCAGAUUCUCAGGCACACAGAGGUAGCGGGUCUCACCGACGAAGUGGAGGCACUACGGAAGGCCGUCAACGUCAUGAUCGUGGUGCCGAAGGCGGCAGACGACAUGAUGAACGUCGGCAGACUGCAGGGAUUCGACGGGAAGAUCACUGCGCAGGGCAAGCUGAAGCGGUUUGGCAACAUGCUCUGCUGCGAGGGUGUCUCGGCGGCCAACUUCCGCGGGAAGGAGCACGUGGUGUUUUUGUUCGAGCAGAAUGUGAUAUUUAGUGUGCCGCUGGGCCGCCGCUCGGCGUUCACGAACCCCGGAUACGUGUACAAAAGCCACAUACAGGUGAACAAAAUGUCGCUCAACGAGAACGUGGACGACGGCGACCCGUGCAAGUUCCGUUUGAGCAGCACCGACCCGCAGAAACCCAACGUCUCGUGGGUCUGCCAAAUGGCCAGCGUAGACGAACGCAACGAGUGGGUGCGUGAGCUGCGCUCAAUGCUGCAGACGCAACAGAACUUCCUCAAGGCCAUCCAGUCGCCCAUCGCCUACCAGGAAAAGGAGAAAUUCAAAGAAGUCGGCGAGCUGGUGGGCGGUCACCACGGCAGCGGGUCGCUGCGGCGCGGAGCCGUGCCGCCCAGCAGUCUGCUCGACAACGGCGCGGCGCCGGCAGAGCCGCACGGCCACCCGCCGCCGCACGCGCCCGUCCGCUCGCCGACCUCCAGUCUGCCGAGCUCUCCGGCGGCCGGCGCUCCGUCACCGAGCGGCGAGUUUCCCAGUCCCACCGAGCCGCGCAAACUGUCACUGCAGACCGAGAAGAAACCCACCGGCUUCCUGACAGGCUUCAAGAAGACGCUGCGCUCGCGUAAAACGGAGACGAGUCUGCUGUAUGCGUCGGCUGAGGCCGAAGGCGCGGCGCCGUUUCCCGCGGGUACCACGGUUUCCGUCGUGACCACCUACAACGCCGAGUGUGAGGACGAGAUGGACGUUCAGCGCGGCGACCUCGUCCACGUGGUGUCGUACAACCGGUCGCGCGGCUACCUGGUGCACCGGGCUGCCACGCGCACGUCGCCGGCCGCCGAGGGCUGGGUGCCGCCGCACGUGCUGGCCGCCGCCGACCCGCUCCAGAGGCGCACCAACUGGGCGUUCCGGUUCCGACGGCCGAGCGGCGGCCCGCCGCGCGAGGUGAAGCGCCACUCCUCGGACCAGACUGAGCGGCGCCACGUCAGUGUGCGGCUCAUGGAGCCGGGCCGGCCGCCGUGCCGACUGCGGCGCGCCCCCUCCGACGUGACCGUGUACGCCGGCGACACGGUGGUGCUCUCGUGCACCGUCAGCCAGCCGGAAGAUGUGGUGGACGCCCAGUGGCGCGACCCGUGGAACCGCGUGGUGGACGGCGGCCGCGCCUCGCACACGGUGGAUGACGACGGCACGUGUCGGCUGACCAUCCAGGGCGCCGAGAGCGGCGACAGUGGAGAGUAUGUGUGUGAGGUAUUCACGGACCGACAGGUGCUGCGCGCCGCCGCCACCGUUACUGUGGUCGGCGACAUGACCUGACCUCCGCCGCCGCCGCCGCCGCCGCCGCGUCCAUUGUGAUAUCUUCUAAGUCAGUGUAGCCGCUCGGGGCCCGGCGCCGCAGCCCCCCAAUGUGUCCCCCGUGCCGGCCGCGCGGCCCGCCGCCCCGGCGCGGGAUCGCUGGUGAAUAUAUACGCCACCGUUUUGCAGA